AUCUUUCAACCCGAUUUAAAAAAAAUUUUUUUCCUUUACCGUAACACUUUUUUAAAAAAAAAUUUAAAAUGGCAACCCAAUUUCUUCCAAAAUUAAGUAAAAACUACAUUGAAUUAUUGGAAAACGGUGAAUAUUACGAUAUCACAGUUGAAGUUGGAAAAGAUCCUAAUGUGAAAUUUAUUCGUGCGCAUAAGAGUAUUUUGUGUUCCCGCUCUCCACAUUUACGAAGAGCUUUGACUUCAAAGAAUGAUGAUAAUGUUUUAGCCACUGAAUUACCGAAUAUAUCACCAGAAAUUUUUCAAAUUAUUUUAAGGUAUAUUUACGGCGGUAUUCUUCCAUUGAAUGAAUUAGAAGCUUCAGAUGUUCUUAAGGUCCUACUAGCUGCAGAUGAGCUUCUUCUUCAAGAACUAGUUGAUUAUUUACAAAAUUAUUUAAUUGAAAAUGAAUCUCAAUGGAUUGAACAACAUUUUGAACUUGUUCAUAGAACGAGCUUUCAAUUUACUUCUCUAACAGUAAUUCAACAAUUCUGUACGAAUUUGAUGGCAAAAUCUCCAGAUAAAAUAUUUAAUUCACUUGAUUUCACUUCAAUACCUGAAAGAUCUUUAGUUCAACUUAUUAAAAGAGAUGAUUUACAAAUGAAUGAAAUUGAUGUUUGGGAACGUGUAUUGAAAUGGGGUAUCGCACAAAAUCCUACGCUUCUUGAAGAUCCUAAUACUUGGUCUGAUAAUGACUUCAAGACAAUAGAAAAUACUUUACAACAUUGUUUACCAUUUAUUAGAUUUUUUUGUUUAUCAUCUAAAGAGUUCUUGCAGAAAGUUCAUCCUUAUAAAAAACUCUUAAGAUCUCAAUUUUAUGAAGAAUUAUUAAAUUCUCAAUUAGAUCCUGAUAGUAAACCAAAUGAUGAUAUUUCAUUUCCUAGAAAUAUUGAAAUUGAUUCAAACAUUGUUAAUAAUUUGAUUAUUUCACAUAUUUCUAAAUGUAUUGAUAAAAAAGUUAUUAUAGAUAACAAAUUUGCUCAAAUAAGAGAAUUAUAUUUACCAUAUAAACUUGAAUUGUUACUAAGAGGAAGUCGAGACGGAUUUACUCCUAAAAGAUUUCAUGAAUUAUGUGAUAAUAAACCAAAUACCGUCGUAUUUAUUAAAGUAAAAGAAACGGAAGAAAUUAUUGGUGGAUAUAAUCCUUUAAAAUGGGAAAAUUCUGAUACUUGGGGAAAUACGAAAGAUAGUUUUAUAUUUUCUUUUAAGAAGGAAAAUAUGUUUUUUAAAGAUGUUAUUAUUAGUAAAAUAGAAAAUUUAUCCAGGGCAAUAAACAAUUUCCCUUGUAAUGGACCGUGCUUCGGUGACGAUGUGUUUAUGAAUUCUACUGAAGAAUCGGCGGAUUAUAGUAUUAUUAACUGUAAAAAGGUUGAUUAUGAGAAAAAUUUAAGAGAUACAGGAGAAAAUUUCCAAAUAGAUGAAUAUGAAAGUGAAGAGGCCGGGGAGCCAUUUGAAGACGAAGACGAAGUUUUAGGAAAGCUUGUAAGAAUGGAGUUCCAGCAAGACAACUUGCCCGUAGCAACAAAUAACUUCUUACGACCAAUAACGGGAGGAGUUUUAGUAGACGUAAGAGAUACACCAUUAGGAUUUAAUUAUUUAUACAGGGCAAUCGAAUUAUCCGAUAAUACAGGAUAUGACAAUUCAUUUUUCUUAAACUUUGCCCUAGAAGAGUGUUAUAACCGCGAUACAAGAAUCUCAAAAUCAGGGAUUAGUUUUUACAGUAAAAACAGGAAACUUCCAUUACCACCUGCACCAGCAGUAGUAAUAAGAGGUCUUUUUCGACGAACAGCAGCAAAUUUAAUUGUUAACCAAGCACAAUCCUGUACCAAUGCAGCAGCAGCCGCAGGAGGAGCAUUGAAUGCGAAUUUUAAUGUAGUAGCAUUAAAUUCUUCAAACCGAAGGACAUAUCUGAAGCAUUCGGAAUACGCUAUAUUCAAUGGGUUAGGAGAAACACCCGAAACUAGAAGGGCCGAACGUAUGAAAUUUAUAGGAGCAUUAGCGGAUCUGUUCACAACGGCUCGACCAGGAAUUUGUGGGCAGCUUUUGGAGGAGGACAAGCAGGAACAGCAGCAGUAG